GGGUCUGUGUGUGGGUGUGUGUGUGGGUGUGUGGGUGGGGGUACCUGCGAGCGAUGCCUCAGACUGCAGUGGGUGAGUGUGAGCCCCGGUCCGGGGGUCUGAGGCUCUCGGGGUCCCGCUGUGUGCGGUGUCUGUGCCGCUGUUUCCCGGCGGUGUCCGGAGUGGAGGUGAAGGCGCUGUUCCUGUUGGCGGCGCCGAUGAUUCUGUCACAGGUGCUGUUGUUCACGCUCAACUUCAUCAGCGCCGUCUUCAGUGGGCACCUCGGAAAACUGGAGCUGAAUGCUGUAACUCUCGCCACAUCGGUGAUCAGUGUGACAGGUAUAGCAGUCGGGAUGGGGCUGUCCAUGGCAUGCGACACGAUGAUGUCUCAGAUGUACGGAGGCAGGAACCUGAAGCAGAUUGGGGUGAUUCUCCAGCGAGGGAUUCUUAUCCUGAUGAUGUUCUGCUUCCCUUGCUGGGCGCUCUUCAUCAACACAGAUAAGAUCUUAUUGGCUGUCAAGCAGGAUCCUGAGGUGUCCAGGUUAUGUCAGCUGUACGUGAAGAUAUUUAUUCCUGCAAUUCCUGCCCUGUUUUUAUACCAGCUGCAGAUUCGAUACUUACAAAAUCAGGAAAUAGUCAAGCCACAGGUCCUCACUGGGUUGGUGACCAACAUCCUCAGUGUGUUGAUGCACUAUAUCUUUCUGUUUGUGCUCAAGCUUGAAGUGGCAGGCUGUGCUUGGGCCAAUGUUAUUGUUCAAUACUGUCAGAUCAUUGUACUCUUCAUCUAUAUUCGAUGGAAAAACCUCCAUCUCAGCACCUGGGCAGGUUGGACUACAGAGUGUCUCCAGGAAUGGGGUCCUUUCUUUCAACUCGCCAUUCCCAGUCUGUUAAUGUUUUGUAUGGAGUUAUGGGCGUACGAAAUAGGAUCUUUCCUGGCAGGACUAAUCAGUCAAGUUGAACUUGGGGCCCAGUCCGUUAUUUUCCAGGUGUUGACGAUUUUCAUCCUGAUUCACAUUGGGAUUGGAUCUGCAGCAGGAAUCCGUGUGGGCAUGGCACUUGGAGGAGGAAAUCCACAUCAAGCAAAGACCUCAGCUGUAACUGCUCUAUUCUGCACUGGUUGUAUAGCACUGCUCCUCAUCACUAUAUUGGGUGUGCUUAAGGACUAUGUGGCAAAGCUCUUCACCAACGACAGACAAAUUGGUGAAUUGGUUUCAAAAAUCAUACCAAUUAUCGCUCCAUUCCAUUUAUUUGAUGCUUUAUCCUCAGGAGUAGGUAGUGGUAUUGUGAGAGGAAUUGGGAAGCAAAAGAUUGGAGCCAUUGCCAAUCUCGUUGCGUUUUAUGUCAUUGGGCUUCCCAUUGGGAUUUCCCUGAUGUUUGCUGCCAAAUGUGGAAUACUAGGUUUUUGGUCUGGACUGGCCAUCAGUUCCUUUCUGCUCACCGUUUUUCUUUUGACACUGAUCUUCAGACUAAACUGGAAUGCCGUGGUGGAAGAAGCUCAGGAGCGAGCUGCCCUGGGGAAGAUGAAGGAAGUCUCCACAGACAGUCACUUUGAUGCCACUGCCCAUGAACUUACUGACAGUUAUGACCAGGGCUCGGCAUCUACACAGACCCUGAAUGAAGGCAAUCAGCAGGAGUGCACGACACUGAUAACGAAAGAGGAUUGUUGCCCAUCUGGUGAGGUUCUGUCAACCAGACAACUGAUCGUUCGCCGUGGGCUGGCUUUACUAGCCGGCUUGGUGGUGCUUGCUCUCGGAGUAGUUGUUCACUUUUAUGAUCAGAUGUAACUUCUUCCCCAUCGAAAGACAUCAAGAGGAUAAACUGCUGCGCUACACCGUGCGUUUAAUCCGAUCUGUUUUAAUGUUCAUUUGAGUAUUUAGGCCUGAUAGUACGAGUCUAAAGAAUGGAUCGUCUGGUCAUAGUGGGCUAUCUACUCAAAUAUACCGUCCUGACAUGAAACUCACUUUAUUGGUCAGCCAGGUGCCUGACACACGUGGAAAACCAUCACCGUGCUUGAAAAGGUGCUACGUCAGUGCAGCAAUUAUUAUUUUGGUCCCAACCUGUGGACAGUGCCUUACUUUGACUGGAUUAAGGAGAAAUGGAGACUGAUGUAAAAUGUUCAUCUUGUGACUGCAGAAUGGAGCCUCUCAUUUUACUGUGCUGCUCCACUGCAUCCAGCAAUGUAUAGGCUGAGUCAGUGUAAGUGGUGCUAACAACAGGAUUCAUUCCUUUGUGAAUACAUUUUUGAAGUUGACAAAUGCUAUCUCCAAAGUAUUGGAUCUCUGAGAUGUCAUUCGGAGUGCAGGGUGCUAUAAAAAUGCAAGUUGUUGUUGUUGAUUUAGGAGUCCUGUAGAUCAGUGGUUAGAACACUCGCACUGCCUGUCCGUCAUCAAGUACUGGACGAGGGAUAAUUUUCUCCAACUCAACGUCAGCAAGACCGAGGCCCUCCUGAUUGGCUCGCGUCAGCGCCUCCGCACGUCGGGUGCCGGCAGCAUCGGCCUCCACGGCUGCACACUCAACCUCACUAAACCACUCUAGAACCCGAGUGU